AUGCUGGCGGGCGUGUCGGGUCAGAGAAAAGGCGUGGGGCGUGCCGGACUGCACUUGCUACAGCUGUGCGCGGCUCUAGCCAUAGGCGCGGGUCUCCUCGGGCUUCUCGGCGUCCACGAGGUGCAGGUCGGAGGAAUGAAGGUCUCGAUACCGACCUCCUCGGUCAAAUGGAUUGCAGGGCGCGCGCGGCCGAGCGCGCGGCCCGCCUCGGCGGCUCCUCCGCACGCUGCGCGACUCGGAGGUUGCAGCGAGGAGAUGUGCUCGCUCGACGGGCCCGAGCCUGGACUCAUGGUGGAGAGCGUGUUUGGAGGGAGCCGCCUCGGGGCGGUGCCGCACGCGCGUAGCCCGGUCGCUGCGGGUGCAGCGCCCGCGCGGACCGCGACUGGAGUCGCCGCGGACGACAGGUGGUGGGACAAGGACAAGGAGCUGUGGACGGACGUGCACACGGCGGACGACUACUGGCGCGAGAUCAACAACUCGGACAAGGACCUGGUGAUCGUGGACUGGUACGCGACGUGGUGCCAGUCCUGCCGCAUGCUCUACCCGCGGCUGUGCUCGUUCGCGCGCGACAAGGACCUGCGCAAGCGCUUCAAGUUCAUCAAGGCCAACGUCGACGAGCUGAAGCCGCUCGCCAAGGAGCAGGAGGUCCUCGCGAUGCCCUUCCUCAUCGUGUAUCGCAAGGGCGACCGCGAGCCGCUCGUCGGGUGGCACCUCCCGCCCUCGAAGAUGAAGCACCUCCGCAAGAAUGUGGAGCUCAUCGCGGAGAAGCCGGAGUCGGCCUUCGCGGUCGACCCGAACGGGUUCGUGAUCAGCACGGGCCCGCGGCUGUCGGCGCCGGACCGCCAGCGCGUCAAGGACGAGAAGAAGAAGGAGGUCGAGGACAUGGCGCGCAACCGGGGGGGGCUGUUCGACCACCUCAUGAAGAUCGGGGCCGUGGGCGAGCGCAAGGAGCGGCGGGACAAGGCCGUCGCGGACGCGGGCGCGCGCCGGGAGGCGGCCGCGGAGCCCGCGGCCGUCGCGCCCGCGCCCGCGCCGGCGGGGCCGUCCAAGGCCAAGAGGGACUUCCUGGAAAAGUACGGGCACAUGUACGGGUACGGCGGGCAGAUCGACGCCCUGUACGAGUCGGAGGUGGGCGCGCGGCUGAACGGCGGGCACUACCUGGACUACACGGGGUCGUCGGUGUACACCUCGUCGCAGCUCGACUCGGUGUUCCACGAGCUCAAGGCGUCGGUGUUCGGGAACCCGCACUCCGCGAACCCCUCCUCGGCGCUGUCGUCGCGCCUGAUCGAGGAGGCGCGCGACCGCGUGCUGAAGCACUUCAACGCCAGCCCGGUGGACUACCACGUGGUGUUCACGAAGAGCGCGACGGGCGCGCUGAAGACGGUCGGCGAGGCGUUCCCCUGGACGGACAAGAGCGAGUACGUCUACCUGCGCGAGAACCACAACAGCGUCCUCGGGGUGCGCGAGUUCGCGCUCCAGAAGCAAGGGACCUUCCGCGCCCUGACGUACGACGAGGUCGAGGAGUGGCUGUGCGACACCGCCGCGACGCAGCCCUUCGACGGCUCCCCCACGCGCGAGCCGACGUACAACCUCUUCGCGUUCCCCGCCGAGGACAACUUCGCGGGCAUCAAGUACCCCCUCCGCUGGAUCGAGGCCGUGCGCGCGAAGAGCACCGCGGGCAACCGCUGGAAGGUCAUGCUCGACGCCGCGGCGUUCGCGCCGACCAACCCGCUCGACCUCAGCGCGGCGCCCGCGGACUUCGUGUCGGUGUCGUUCUACAAGAUGUUUGGCUACCCGACGGGGCUGGGCGCGCUGCUGAUCCGCGCGGAGAACGUCGACCUGCUCCAGGAGGUGUACUGGGCGGGCGGGACGGUCGCGGUGGCCACGGCGGGCGGCAACUUCCACUCCCUGCGGUGCAACCCGAGCGAGCGGUUUGAGGAGGGCACGGUGGCGUUCCUGGACAUCGUGUCGCUCCGGCACGGGUUCGACGCGAUGGAGAAGCUCGGGGGCAUCAACCGGAUCCAGGGCCACGUGACGUGCCUCGCGGAGUGGCUGCACGGCGCGAUGCGGGGCCUGAAGCACCGCAACGGAGCGCCGCUGGUGCGCAUGUUCGGCCGGCACGGCGACGCGGACGCGCGCGACACGCAGGGCGCGGUGCUGAACUUCGUCGUCCUCGGGAACGACGGCAUGGCGGUGCCGUACAAGCGCGUGGAGGACCUCGCGGCGCAGCAGGGCUUCCACGUGCGCACCGGGUGCGAGUGCAACCCGGGCGCGUGCUACGCGUGCCUGGGGCUGUCGGACGACGAGGUGGAGCAGCUGGCGGGCGAGAAGGAGGGCUGCAACGACGACUACGAGUUCGUGCGCGUGCAGCGGCCGCGGAGGGACGUCUUGCAGGGCAAGGUGAUCCAGGGGCGCCCGCGGUCGCCGGAGCUGGUGAUCCAGGCCGCGCCGACGCAGACGAACGGCGAGGGCGGGAUGCAGUGGGUGGACGUGCCGCUCGGGACCGUGCGCGUGAGCCUGGGCUGGUGGUCGACGUUCGAGGACUGCGAGGCGUUUGUCGGGUUUUUGAAGACGACGUUCCUCGACUGA